AUUCUAAGAAGUGAUCCCUCGACCACAGAUAUUCCAAGGAUAUCUCAGAAUAGCAGGAGGAGGAAAGAAAGCACUCCAUGCGGCUGAUUUCCCUUUAGUGCUGGUUGAAGCAUCGAAUCGCGCUUCCUUUCAACGGGGAAUGGCUGCGGUAGCUGUUCUACGCAGUGAUUCCCUGCAAGCAUUUCUCCAGGACCGGACCCCAAAUUCUUCCCCCGAAUCGGCCAAGCAGUCCCCGCUGGCUCUCCUGGCCGCAACAUGUAACCGGAUCGGACACGCUGGCUCAGCGCACACUGAUUUCUUCCAGAUCCCAUACGACCCGUGCCUGAGUUCUCCGUCUCGCAUCUUCCACCCCUGGAGUAACGAACUCCCUUCCAACCACGGCGGGAUGCCAUCCCACUCCAGCCUGGCACUCACCCCUCCGAAAGUUCACCAGCUACCGCCUCAUCUCCAGGCGCCCUAUGGGUCGCACGAACUUCCCCUCACUCCACCCGCGGAGCCGUCUUACCCGUUCGAGCUAUCUCGCGUCAAGAUGCUGCCAUCGUCCAUGCAGACCUUGGCUUCCAGCUGCCAACCCACCUAUGUGCCCGCCGUCACCUAUGGCACAUCGAAUCCUAUCAGCUCAGCUAUGUCAGGGUUCGUCCCGACUGGAUCCACCUUACUUUCACACCAGCACCGGCACAUGUCUCCAAACCAAGUGGAGGACAUCCCAUGGUGGAGCAUUCAGCAGAACAGUAGCGUCAGUCACUCCUCGUCCAUCCCUCCUCAUCGCUUCCCUCUGCAACGUUCCUUGGUUUUGGGCCAUUCAGACUUCGCCCAGUAUCAGACUCAGAUCGCUGCUCUCCUUCACACCAAGUCUCCCCUGGCGACUGCCCGGAGGUGCAGGCGGUGCCGCUGCCCAAACUGCCAGUCGUCGAGUAACAACGACGAACCAGGCAAGAAGAAGCAGCACAUCUGCCACAUCCCGGGAUGCGGGAAGGUUUACGGCAAGACGUCUCACCUGAAGGCUCACCUGCGGUGGCACACUGGCGAGAGGCCCUUCGUCUGCAACUGGUUGUUCUGUGGCAAAAGUUUCACUCGGUCGGACGAGCUGCAGAGACACCUGAGGACUCACACUGGGGAGAAACGCUUUGCAUGCCCGGAAUGUGGCAAAAGGUUUAUGCGAAGCGACCAUCUGGCCAAGCACGUUAAAACACAUCAAAACAAAAAAACUAAACUGGGAGUCGAAAAUGUGAAACGGGAAGACGGAAGUAUGUGAGGGCGCAAGUGAACAGAGGGGGGAUAAACUGAAACAAAAUGAGGGCUAUUGAUGCAACUAAUUGAAUUGGUGGUGCAAUAUCCUUGGAAAAUGAGAGGACUAUUUAAAAUGUAUAGACGAAUUUAUCGUAAAUACUUUCUGACAAACAUGCUUCAAUUAAUUUCACAGUUGCCAUCUAUGCUUCAAUAUGAAGUUGUAUUUAUUUAUAGAGAUGUUAAAUAAUACAAGCUGUUUAAUUUUGGGAUUGAAACCGAGUCCUUGGUGAAAGAUCAGAUCCGCUGUGCUUAGAGAACUUAAUAGCUUUGAUCGAAUGAACAUGUUUUGUCUUUAUUCUAGCUCAAUGGGAAGUUUCAGCAUGCUUUUUAAACUUCACACUGCUGUAUACUGGACCGGCCUUCUACUGUGUGAAAAAUAAAAGUCCGUUUGGCUUAAAUUAAACU